UGCUCGCGUCGCUGCUCCGUUCAAUCGACCUCGCGGACGAUUAGCAGAACGAACAGACUCGACCCUAGCCAGACCAAACAAUAGACCCGGAGACCGUCAUGUCGGAGCCAGAGGAGACUCUUCCUCGAGCUACGGUUCAGAAGAUCGUCAAGGAGAUCCUUUCCAAUGCCGAGAACGACCCUUCGACAAAAGAGUUCACAUGUGCCAAGGAGACUAUCGAUGUUCUGAGCACAGCAUGUGUCGAAUUCAUCAAGCUGAUCGCCCUAUCUGCCAAUGACGAAUGUGAGAAGGACAAGAAAAAGACCAUCGCUCCCGAGCAUGUGAUUUCCGCGAUGGACACAAUCGGGAUGGAGCAGUACAAGGAGGACUUGACAGCGACGUGGGAUGCUAGCAAAGAGCAGGCCAAGGCCAUCCAAGAGAGACAGAACAAGGCUUUCAAGACGAACGGGAUGUCCGAUGCCGAACUCGCAGCCGCACAGGAGAAGCUUUUUGCCGCCAGUCUGGCUCGAUACCAAGGCUCGGACGUCAAGCCCGAGUAGCGGAGUAUGAACGCCACAAGAGAAUCCAAGAUGUGCUUUCUACGUUGUAUGAAUAAGAUGUAUCCGAGAUAUCAUGGGAGCAUACACAGCUUGAGCACCCGAUGCAUGCCCUUGGCAAGAUGAAGCCAGGACUGACACGGCUGUCACGACCGC